AUACCUUGACUCUUAUCAGUUGCCUGCCGAAAAAGAAGAGUGAAUCUAAUUGAACGAAUAAGUUGUUAAAUUAAACGAAUUUUCCAUUAAAUUGGGAUUUUCCAUUAAAUUUCCACUUCCAAAGAAGCAACAGGAUGCUGGGAGUGUGCCAGACUUUCACUUGGUUGCUUUAUAGCAUUUUGCUACUGCUUAGUUCCUCAAACGGCGAGGGAUUCGUGGAGCAGCCUGAUGUGGAGCACCCCCAGUUUGAAUAUGAAAGCGUCCGCCUGCCGACGCCCUCCCGAGGUUUGCUGUAUCCCCGGGAAUCUGCCACCAGAGAGGUGCGCAGCCUGAAUGGAAUGUGGCGACUAGUCCGGAGUGAAGCGUCCGAUCCGUUUCAGGGUGUGCGGGAGAAGUGGUACGCGAAUAGUUUGCGACUGACUGGAAGAGACAUCUUGGCGAUGCCUGUGCCUGCUUCUUACAACGAUAUCACCACGGAUGACUUGAGGGACCAUGUAGGCACCGUGUGGUACGAGCGCACUUUCUUUGCUCCCCGUCUCUGGGAAGGAACCCAACGCACCUGGCUGAGAUUCGACAGUGUUCACUACUCGGCUCUAGUGUGGAUUAACGGCAGAAAUGCCACCCAUCACACAAUUGGUCAUCUGCCCUUCGAGGCAGACAUCUCGGGACUCUUAAACUUUGGCGGAGAGAACCGUAUCACCGUCAUGUGCGACAAUCGUUUGGGGAACAGAACAAUUCCCCAGGGAUCGGUUUACAAAGUGAAAACGGACAAUGGCUCCUUGCCCAUCCAGAGCUACUCCUUCGACUUCUUUAACUACGCAGGGAUUCAUAGAAGUGUCCAUCUCUAUACGACACCUUUACUUCAUAUCUCCGAUCUGCAGGUCAGCUCCCAACUAACUUCAGAGGGUAUGGGCCGAAUUGAGUAUCGUUUAUGGAUAGAUGGAAGUCAGGAUAGCUAUAUGGGCAUUAGGCUAUCAAAUGUCCUUGUUCAAUUAAGGGACAGAGAUGGCCAGGUGGCGGCUCAGCAGAUAAACAAAGGGAUCUACCACGGCACUCUGUUGGUACCCAACCCUCAUCCCUGGUGGCCCUACCUGAUGCAUCCUGAUCCUGGCUACUUGUACGAUCUUCAAUUUGAGCUGUUUGUGGAGACCAAUGAGGAGGAGGCUGAAGUUAUGCAAGAUUCCUAUCGCCUGCCUGUCGGAAUUCGAAAUCUAAAUUGGAACAACGAAAGCUUGCUAUUGAAUGGAGUGCCCCUUUAUCUGCGAGGAUUUGGACGCCACGAGGAUGCCGAUAUCCGUGGGAAAGGCCUGGAUUAUGCGCUUCUUGCCAGAGACUUCAACCUUAUUAAAUGGAUAGGUGCCAAUGCCUAUCGCACCUCGCAUUAUCCUUAUUCCGAGGAGUCCAUGCAGUUCGCUGACGAGCACGGAAUUAUGAUAAUAGAUGAAUGUCCAGCGGUUAAUAUUGAUAUCUUUGAACCGGAGCUGCUGGAAAACCACAUGUCCUCAUUGGAGCAGCUCAUCCACAGGGACAGGAAUCACCCUAGCGUCAUUGCGUGGUCGGUGGCCAACGAACCGAGAUCUUUUAAGCCGGGCGCUCUAAAAUACUUUGAAUCUUUGGUUAAUUAUACUCGUGGUAUAGCCCAUGGUCGUCCACUGACAGCGGCAAUCAAUGCCAAUCCCAGCGCCUGUCAUUUGGCCCAGUUCUUGGACAUAGUAGGCUUCAAUCGCUAUAACUCUUGGUACCAGAAUACCGGGAGAACUGACAUGAUAGUUAAUCUGCUUACUGACGAGGCGCAAAAAUGGCGGAAAACUUUCGGAAAGCCCAUAAUUCAAUUCGAGUAUGGAGGAGACACCAUGGAGGGCAUGCACUCUCUUCCCGCCUUUGUUUGGUCGGAGGAGUACCAAGUGGAGCUGUUUUCGCACCACUUCAUUGCCUUUGAUAAACUCCGGACUCAAAAAUGGUUUAUUGGGGAGUUUGUGUGGAAUUUCGCGGAUUUUCGAACUGCUCAAACCAUAACCCGUGUGGGAGGCAACAAAAAGGGCGUAUUUACCAGAAACCGGCAACCUAAGGAAGUCGCUUUUAUCCUUCGAAGACGUUACUUCGCACUUGCUCAGGAGCUACAUCAAUGCCAGCUGCCUGAGGAUCUCACCUUGUAUAUAUCGAAAAAAGUGAUCACACAUCAAGAGCUUUAAAAAUUUUUGCCUUUCCAAUGGGGUAUCCUAGUAGCAACAAAUUUUUAAAUUGUAAUAUUUUGUAAAGUAUUUUUUAAUAAAUAGCUUAUAGGAGAAUUUUUUAUUCAUGUAUAUAAAAUACAAUUCAAAUUAUAUAAUGCAUGCAAUAAAAAAUUUUUGCAUUUUUAAAACA